UUCGUUGUUCUUGUUUUUGUUUAUUUUAGAGACCAUAUUAGCGAUCGGCCGUCAGCUGAAGGACAUGAUUUCUCCUUUUCCCAACAAGCCGCAGGUUCCUCCGCUGGCGUCCUCCACGCCCGUCCAGAGGGUGGAGCCGACCGUGGUCUCCUGUGCAAAACGUCCGUCCCCCUCAGCCGUCGGUCCCACGUCCUCCAGCCCCCCCGCCUCCGACCCGCCGCCUCCUCCUCCUCAGCCUCCCGUCACCACGGCGAAGCCUAAACCACAGCCUAAAAUCAUCCUCAGCACCAGGAACGAGCCCAUCGGCCUGAACGUGGCCGACUUCCUGCCG